AUGUUGUCCUUUGCACUACUCGCGGCAUUCGCGCCACUCGUGCUUGCUUCGCCUUCGCGCCUUGCUGCUCGUAGCAUGCAGCUUCACGAGACUCGCGCGACUAUUCCAGCCGGAUUCGUCCAAUCCGGUGCUGCUCCCGCAGACCAAAUGCUUGAGCUGCAAUUCGGUCUCGUCCAGAACAACCCGAAGGGCCUAGAGGACGCGUUGUACAGCGUCAGCACUCCUAGCAGUGCAGCAUAUGGGCAGUUCUUGAGUAAGGAGGAGGUACUAAUCCAAACCCAUACAACUUCCACUAAACGAAACACAGUCGCUUACCUCCUUGUUCGUUCAAUCUCAAAGGUCGAAGCAUUCGUCGCUCCCACACAGGAGACUGUUGACAAGGUUCAGGCCUUCCUGUCCGAGAACGGCCUUUCGUCUGCUCCAGUCUCGCCUGCGGGAGACUGGAUCGCCGUCAACAUGACAGUCUCACAAGCGAACGACCUUUUUGCCACGCAAUUCUCGACCUUCACCCAUGUCAGCUCUAGUACGAACUCCAUCAGGACGCUCGAAUAUUCCAUUCCGUCCGACUUGGCCGGUCACUUAGACUUUGUCCACCCUACUAUCACGUUCCCGACGCAGUUGUCCAAGAAGCCCCUGGUCAUGAUCCCCGUGCCCAACUCCGUAAAGCCCGCAGUGAAUCUGACGAGUGAUGCAGUCCCCGCUUCAUGUGACUCCGUCGUCACUCCCGCCUGUCUUGAAGCCCUUUAUGGUAUCCCGACCGCUAGGGCUACCCAGUCGUCGAACGUCCUCGGCGUCUCCGGCUUCAUCGACCAGUUCGCCAACCAAGCCGACCUGAGGACAUUCUUGGGAGGUCUCCGCCCCGACUUGCCCAGCACCACGACGUUCACUCUGCAGACUUUGGACGGCGGACAGAACACCCAAACCCUUGCCGACGCCGGUAUUGAGGCUGAUCUUGACACUCAGUACACCACUGGUGUCGCUUCAGGUGUCCCCGUCACCUUCAUCUCCGUUGGAGACAACACCCGUGACGGCGUGUUCGGCUUCCUCGACAUCAUCAAUUUCUUGCUCGGACAAUCUGCUCCCCCUAACGUCCUUACGACCAGUUACGGAUCUAACGAGGCUGAUGUCUCUCGCGCUGUGGCCAACAACCUCUGCAAUGCCUACGCUCAACUCGGAGCUCGUGGAACUUCCAUCCUAUUCUCUUCCGGGGACGGUGGUGUUUCUGGUACCCAGGAUGGGAGCUGCACGACCUUCGUGCCCUCCUUCCCCUCAGGAUGCCCCUUCCUCACCUCAGUCGGUGCUACCCAAGGUGUCCCGGAAACUACCGCCACCUUCUCGUCGGGUGGUUUCUCGAAUUACUUCGGCAUCCCGUCUUACCAGGCUGCUGAUGUCGCGUCCUACCUCACUAAGCUCGGAAAUACCGACUCCGGAAGGUUCAACCGCUCUGGACGCGCUUUCCCAGAUGUUUCUGCCCAGGGCGUCAAUGUUGAGAUUGUCUUCCAAAAUCAGGCCGGUCUUGUCGAUGGAACCAGCUGCAGCUCCCCCAUCUUCGCGUCCGUCAUCGCUAUGUUGAAUGACGAGCUUGUUGCUGCUGGAAAGAGUCCUCUUGGUUUCUUGAACCCGUUCUUGUACUCGACGGGAGCCAGCGCUCUGGCCGAUAUCACCACCGGCAGCAACCCAGGUUGUGGAACCAACGGUUUCCCUGCUUUGGCAGGUUGGGAUCCCGCCACUGGCCUCGGUACACCAAUAUUCGCGUCCCUCCGCACCGCUGUGGGGCUCUAA